GUCCUAAUAUGCCAAUAAUGUUGAGAUGGAUAAACUUAAGAGCUUCACUGUUAAUUGUUUCCUUCCAAAUCAAAUCGUUUUCUUAUCAUCGAAAAGUUUGCCAAAAAUUCAUUUCUAUGCGGUCAUAGGGCGUCAUAGGACAAGUCAGAAUGACCCUGGCAAAUCGGCAAAAACCCUCCUCAUUUGCCAUCGGUCGCGAUGACACAAAUCCAACAUCCGAAAUAAAAAAGACAACCCCCCUUCGUUGAAUACAAGGUGAGUAGAAAGGGAUGCCACUUUCGUCAGGAAUGUCAAGAAAGAGGCUCUGUUCCCUAUGAGCAGACUUCUACGCUCUGCAUCGUUACUUCCUCGACAGCAUGGCACAUUGCGACUUUAUGUUGAAAAUGUCAGGACCCCCCUCCGGUCGUCUUUUGACAGAUCCAUCGGAUGUUGAUGCUCUCAUAUCCUCAUGGUCUACCAACCAGCAUGAUGAGGAGAAUCCCCCACCAACAUCUCCAUCAAGGCCGUCCCAGGGCUGCUUCACCGCCACAGUAGCGGCCCCGCGAUCACGCCCAUCGAUGAUACCGGUUCUGGAAAGCGGCAAACAAGAAGGAGUCCCAUCCCCAGUAAUCACCAGCAUUGUUACCCAACAUGAUCAAGUGAACAUGGCGCCUAUGCUAACCACGUCGCCUCACAUUUUGGCAGGAGCGGCGGGGUCUUUGAAUCGCGAGCAACCACUCACUGGUGCGCCUACUAGAAGCAUGGACAAGUCGGACUCCAUGGACGAAAGCAUUCAAAGUCAAAACGUACCUACAGCAUUUGUAUCUCGCGUUUCUCAGUCUCUCGUAUCCUUGCCUCCUUCCGCGAACACAAAUCUCAGACGUGUGUCGCAAACGCACGGUCGCCGGGGAUCCGUUGGAGGCCAAUCGAAAGUAUCGAAAGCUGAAGGUACCAGAAUGCCGGUUUGGUUGGCUCGACCUCCCUCAGUCGCAACUAUAAGUCGCCGUGACAUAAUUGAUUCUGAAAAUAAAAGAUUUGAAAACGAGAGGGGUUGGAAUUCGCGGCCGUUGCUUUCCCUGGAAGUCGGUAGUCAACGCGAAGUCGUUUCGACACCCUACCGUCGAGACUGCAACGGACAAAUUAUACCCUUGGCCAUCCAGUCACCUCUCAUCCGACGUAAUGAGUCAUUUUUUCGGGAUCGGAGAAGUGUUUUGCAAGCUGCAAUUUCAGAGCGUACUUCGUAUGACAUUCAGCUAAACAACGAAGUCGGUGUUUUGGGAGGCGCCUGGCGAGGCCUCGUGCGCCGUCUUGUAUUGCUCGCACUAAACGACGUCAACGCCUUGCAGCUGAGUCGGGCUUUGCAGUUUCAACUACCCUUCCAGACGGGCUUUGAGGCCUACUUGACCUCGCAAGUCAUUGAAGCACUGGACAGAGGUGACCCUGCCGAAGUUGCCGAUGUCCUUAGCAUCGCUUUUCUCAAUCGGAACGUCUCGCGCGUUAUUAUACAGAACUUGGGACCCCGGUACGACUUUUUGUGGCACUGGAGCACCGCCAUUACUUGGAAUCGCGUGUUUGACGCUUGGGGACAGUUCCCAAUCGUUGGGAUUACGGGUUUUCCCGCCACGGAAAACUUCCCUUCAACGCGAAAUCACGCCCUGGCAUCCAUCUUUCGCAAUCUAUUGGGACAAGGCAACUGGGUCACUCGCGUUGUCACGCAAGGUCGGGAAGGACUAUUGACGGACAAUCCCAACAACACGGCACAGAAUCUCGCACCCGAGUCCAACGGCUUUGAACUCGCAAACCGCAACCAGUACGGAACAUACUUUGGACGUGCUAAGACCAACGAGUUCCGUUUCGCCCAUCGACUGCCAACCGACGAAUCGAUUGUUCGGACGUUUGUCGCCAGUCCAAUGCCCACAAUGACCAACAAUGGGGUCGUCCACGUACUCCGACAGCUGGCCAAGCACUGGCACAACAUGCUGUCUCAAGAGUGGGGCAACUUUGCCCACCAGCGUAUGGAGCAGUUAGAUCCCUUUGAAACACUACGAUUUCACAUGCCCCGGGUCCUCCUGUUGCUGUCGAGUUUACGGGGUCGCAACGCGUGGGAUGCGCAAGUGUUGGGCCCGAUUGUGCGCAGAUUGCAGGCUUUAAAGCCUGAUGUGAAUACUUCGGCGGCGUGGAAUCUUUGCAAGGAGAUGCAGAAAGACGUCGUGGAGACAGUGGCGGGCGGCGUUUCUUCCAUCAGUGAUUCCCUUUGGUCCUGGCUGGAAGCUAUUAGAAAAUCGCUUGGGCUUCUGGAACUUCAAGCUGGAGAAGUGCUCAACAUUGUCACUCCCGUCGAAUUGGGCAUUCGCCUUGGCCACGAUAUUGUCACCCAAGUCAGUUGGAAAGUUCCAUCAGACAACAUUCUCAUUAGAGCGAUAUUGAGUCACAUCCAGGGGCAAGACACGGGCGCCGUGGAUAAAUGGCGUAUACAGAGUGCCCUCCAGAAGACGACCCCUCGCGACAUGCGCACGUUGAUAGAGCUUGUGAAGGGCGAUCUAGGCCACCUGAAGCCAGCUCAGCUGCUGCUCGGUCGGGUCAAGACUUUACUUCAAAGGGAGCUUAGGCGGGAAUACCUAAAUCAGGCAAUUCGAGACCUCUCUGUUGGACCGUCGAUUCAAGGCGAGCUUGUGCGGGAUGAAUGGUACUGGCUGAAUGAGAAUGAUUGCCUCGCCCUUCAUAUCUAUAUUGGCAACGUUCCAGAUCGCGAGCUCCAUCAAUUUAUCCAUGUCGAGUCAGGCAACGAUAAGAUAAUUUCUUUAAACAAAGCUCAUCUCAUGCCUCGAGCCUACAUUCCGGUGGCGGAAUCCAUUUCGCGGGCACAAAAAGCAUUUAUGACCAUUGAGCUCGAAUACGGCAAGACGUUCCAGUACAGUGCCUUUAUGGAAUUUUCCUUUCUUCGGAUUGCCCUUCAACGGCUCGUGGUAGUAUCCCAGAUGAAUUGUGAAGAACUCGACAAUGCUCGUUUGAAUGUUCUCCGGGAGAUUCAACGUUCGAAUCAACCCUUCCUCGGUCCAGAAGACCUCACACCUGGGAACACUUACUAUAAAUACAACCAAUCCACAGCUCGGUACACGCCGUUUCUUUGCGAGGAGAAGACUUCAGAGACGAUCCAAUUUGACAGAACCAAGGUUGUGCGGGCUCCGCCGCAAUCUGUCCUUGUCGUGGGAGGAGGCCCAACUGGACUUAUCACGACAAUUCACUGUACGGAAGCGUGUUUAGCUAGCGGGGGCACCAUGAAACUCCAGGAGGCUCGCGAUGCUUUUGCGAAAGGAGGGUCAACCUUUGAAAGAGCACAGAUUGUUCGACUCGAUGCUCGCUGGAUAGCCAUGCUAAGGUACCAUCUUGGAACCAUUUUUGAGGACGUCUACAUUCCUGCUUCCGGGGAAACCGAUGCUCAGUUAGGAAAUACACUUCCGACGCAAGGUUUCGUUGAGAUCACAAUCAAAGAUUUGGAAAGUUCGUUGCACACUGAAGCAUCUCGUCUUUGGUCUCGAGGAAUAAUUUACGUCCAAACUGAUUCCAAGUCCAAGUACGACUCCGUUUCCAACAGUAUGGUGAAGCAGGGCCACCAUCUCAAGGAUGGUGAUGUUGUUUUACGGUCCGUAGAUCCGGACGGUAAAGACUCUUCCGGUCUUUACUCAUGGAAAGUUGCAAAACUCCUCUACACACCGCCGCUGGGGAUCGACGAUUUAAAACUCGGUGAGGAGUACGCGGUGUGGGUACACCAGGACCAGAAAGUGCGACCUUUUAAACUCGUAGGAAUGGAUCUCGACGCAAAGUCUUACAAGUUCCGCCCCCAUGCGAAGGAAAUGAGCAGCCUGAAUGUCAAUGCGACGAAUCUGCCAUCUAUUUACCCAAUAGGAACGGAUACGAAAGCACAUGUAGGCGUCCAAGAUAUUCGGUUUCAGUGCCAGGAAAAACGACGAACGGGAGAAUUUUUCCAGCAGACUGUACCCAUGGCGUCUAUUGAGGAUACCAUGUUCACUCUGGAUCUCGGACAUACUCACGUCGUCGAAGCCAUCGGAAAACAAUACCCAUCAGCCACACACAUUGGUGUCACCACAAAAGAGCCUUACGGCGUGUGCUGUAUGCAAGGAUUGAAAGUGUCCAUGGGGAUGCACAAUUUCGGAGAGAAGCGAUGGGGAACCGGUAUACUAGACGAUGUACGAUCGCAAAAUGAUCAAAACACUAGAGUCGUAGGCGACUUCACAAAGAUGGUCCGAGUUGUGCCUAUCGUCCAGCGCAUGUAUGAGACCAUCUCCAACGACGACGAUUGGCGAAUCCAUUUCGACAAUCUCGUGAAGGAAAGUGGUUUCCCAGAACUGGAAGAGGUUCAGUCUAUAUUCCCCCAGCUGGUGACGGGCUGCAAAUGGCUCAGCCAAACGUCAGGAAGUUUUCGCCGUAAAACUUUGCAAACGCGCUUUUUCGAAACUGGAGACAACUAUUACCUCGGGAUGGAAUUUCCAAGGGAAUAUGAAAGUUGGAAGAAGGAACUUUCCGAUCGCUUGGUCGAGCCUCUGGCGUCAAAUCCAGAGUACGUAUCCAAAUCCAGGGCGAUCGAUCGUCUCCGUUCUACUUUCGUGCAUCACAUUGAUCGAUUAUGGUACGAGGGGUGCCUCGAGACCAUUCGAACUGGUGACGUGUAUAAUCCAGGAGCACGUAAGCGCGUUCCCCGCCUCUAUCUCAUCAAUUCUUACACAGCACGCUCCUUGAGUUCCUUGCCAAUCGGAGAGAGCUUCCGUCUGGUGGCGGAGCCACAGGCAAAGUACGAAGUCCUGACGAAAUCAGUAACGCAGGUUAUUGUGCGGAGUGUGGAAGGGUAUAUUUCAAAGUUCCAAAACAAUACCAAGGUCUUGCGUGAGGGAAACUUGACCCGGGGUCCAGACGGGAACCAAGAGUCGAAAGUGUCCUUGGCAACCUUCGAUGUGGGUCACUACGUCAACCAUCGAACCAUGCGGCUGUCAAACGAGGAGAAGGGCUUCAUUUUCGCUUUCGUCGGAGACGAGCAAGCCACACCGCAUUUUAUGCGAUACAGUGGGCUGACAGGUGCAUGCAUCAAUGCGAUGUCUUUUAACAACUUUAUCGCAGACGCUAGCCGCGGCAUCUCGUUUGAUGCGAGGCUGCAGCAGUACUCCAAGGAAACGGAUUGGUCGAACGGAGAAGUCGUUCAACGAGGAACCGGGGCAAACUACGGGCAGGACGGUUUCUUGCGCCCGGGCUUUUCCUACCGGGACGGAGUGGACUACCUAUACGCCAAAAUAGUCGAGUUCGAGGAAACCGGACAAGAUUUGGACAAUUUGCUGUCUCGCGACUGGAUGGUUAAGCUCACGGCUUCCGUUAUACCUCGUGGGCUGGAAAAUAAUCAGAUAUUUCUCGGAAGCUUGCAGCAGCACUGGAAUGCGGCUGUGUCUGACAAGUUGGAGGCUAAAAUAGAGUCCGAUAUCCCAGCCGAUGGAACUGGAGCAAGAACCGUCGAUGCCGUUCGGACUAGUCGCAGUGUCCUGACCGAGAAGGAUGUCGUGUUGACUGAAUACUGUGAACUGUUGCUAGGGCAUCUGCAAGUCGAUGAGGCGACUAAGAAAGUCCUGGCUACACAGCAUUUCCCCCGUGCUCGUCGACUUUGUGCUAUUCUCAGUCAGUUAACUGAAUUCGCCGCCAACGCCUAUUUGAACAACGAGCGUGUGAGCUCCGAGCUCUUUAACCAACCGAAGCCGGUCGACUCCCUGAUCGACGACUUCUCUGUGGAAGCCCAGAACUUCGCGAACUCCUUGACCCAGUCAGCAGCUCUUGCAUCCGGCGUUCUUGCGUUCCGACUCAUCGGCAGCAGCCUUGGUAACCUCUUUUCUGCCUUAUUUGCUGGAUUGAACAUUGUGAUCUCGUUCGGAACCAUGGCGAAUGUCUCUCGAUACAAGAUCCGGAACGAGGAAUCCCGAGUCUUGUUUGCCGACAAGAACUUUUCCCGGGUGCAGUGCUGUGUUUUCGCCUUGAUGAGCCAAGACGACCAAGAUUCGACGCCGUUGGCGAAAAAUCCCUUUUUGAAUCUUUUGGAGCAACGUGCGAAAGCGUUCCGUGAGAGCUUGACCUACUACGGGUACAGUAAACCAACUGAAUUUGACAUUGCAUACGAGCAGCUCAAGUCACGCGCCAGCGACAUCAGUGAAAUCCAAAAGUUUCAGGUUUUGUUGGUAUCAAAGCUGAUCGUGGACACUUACCAUGUCAAUAGCUACGUACAGGAAAAACUUGUCGAUGUUCUCCGAGUGCUGGACGAAAUGAACUUCCUGCUCGAAAGCAGGAGCUCCAAGUCAGGAAACGAUGCCAAGCAGCUAUUCGACCGCUUGCUUGCGUACGAUCACAUGUUGGAAGACUCGUUGCAGAGAGGCCCAGUGCGCUUUGGUUUUAUCAAGCAGCGAAAGUUUUGGCAUUGGAACAUUAUCGUAGCUUUCCGGUACUUGUACAGUCUCCUCUGUUGCUCCUCCAGACACUAUUCUACCACGUUCACUCCAAUUCAAACUGAAACCAGAGGUAUCGUGAAAAGUCUUCACUUUCUAUCGAAGGAACACGAUUCGAAGGUUUUGCGACGUGAGAGUCGAGACUUUGAGACCUUCUUCUGGGCCACUCGCGAAAGUGACAUCGCCUCUCUGAUUUUCCUGUCGGGUUUCUUCGUCUUCGUCGCCUCGGUCCUUUUCAGCGUAGCGCGAAUUUUCGACAUUGACUCUCUGGAAGAUGUCGCUUUCUGGGCCAAUGCUGUGUCCACAAUUGGUGCUGUUUUGGCGGCUGUUCAUCUUCUCCGCAAGCUUGUCAUCCUAAUUGGACUUUGGACAAUCCUGUGUUCGAAGACGAGUCGUACGGAUGGAAAGGAUCGCGUCAAUAUUAGCCGGAUCCGUAACGUGACGAUGACUCAGAUUCUUCUGACCUUGACCCGUCUAGUAACUACCCUGGCUGCUUCCGUGGCCUUGCCUUGGUCAGUGAUCGAGAACGCCUUCCCUGAUGCUAGUUCCUUGAGCUCAGAUAUUCCCGUUUGGAUUGCGUUGGGUGCGGUGUCCAUGGCGAUUCUGGCAACAGUAUUUUUCUUCCUUGUGGAAUAUGUGGUCCGCUACAAUCUCAGCCCGCAGCUUGGACCCUUUGUCAGCGAGCUUUUCCGCGACGAAAUCGAAAGCAUACACCAGGACUUGUCGGUGCGUCAAAAUGAGAUAGACACGAAGAUAGUCCAGGACCGUGAAAACUGGGAGUAUGUUGCGAGAGAGUUUCUGCACAAGUACCGCUUCGACACCGUGUUUGCGGCGGAUCGGUUCGGUACCAUACUCCAGUACAUACAAUCUGGAAUGAAGCAGCCUGCUGACUCCAAGUGAGAUGUCUUGUCCCAUAUCAAAAAUGAAAUGAUAUGUAGUGCUUUAGGAAUGAUGAAUGUGAGUUUUCGUAGAAUCAUCGUACAUAGGAACCUCCAGACCUAACCGAACUAGAAUUGCAUCCCGUCAUCUGGAGAAGAAACAAAUUCUGGAAGCGGGCAUGCUGGG